AUGGCGUCCAAAAAUAUUAGAUCGUUUAUUGCCAAAGCCGUCGGUAUCGACCUCGAUGCCCGGUACGAACAAGUGCCCAAGGACCUUGCUGGACGGGCCACAUGUGCUGUAGCACCAUUCGAUCCGUACUUUGAGGCAGAGCCUACUGUCCAAGAGUGGAUUCGAGAGUGCAUACCGUCUAAACGCGAUGUCUUGCCCUACCUGUCGAGCCUUUUCCCGUUUACUAAUUGGAUUUGCCGGUAUAACGUUCGUUGGCUGGUCGGCGAUGUGAUUGCUGGCGUCACACUUGGCCUAGUUGUUGUCCCCCAGGCUAUGGCUUACGCCCUCCUUGCCAACCUCAGUCCCGAAUAUGGGCUAUACACAUCGUUUACUGGCGCAUCUCUAUACUGGUUGUUUGGAACUUCGAAGGACAUUGCCAUCGGCGCUACCGCAGUGGUCUCUUUAUUAGUCGGCAAGGCCGGCACUCGUGUCCGCGACCAGUAUCCCGAGUUCACUCCCGAAGACAUAGCCAAAACCCACGCUUUCCUCGCAGGAUGUAUUCUCCUCGUCUUCGGCCUGCUCAGACUGGACUGGAUCAUCGAACUCAUCCCCCACGUGGCCAUUGCUGCGUUCGUCACGGGAGCAGCCAUCACCAUCACCCUGAGCCAGACUCCAGCCCUGUUAGGCAUCGAAGGCAUCAAUUCAAAAGGGCCCGCUUACGAGGUUUUUAUAAACACGUGUAAGGGCCUGGGAAGGACGAAACUCGAUGCUGCUGUUGGGCUCACGGGUCUGCUUCUGCUGGCACUCAUCAAGUGGUACUGCGACUUCAUGGCUAAACGGCAGCCCGGCAGGGUGAGGCUUUGGAACAUGCUGUGUUCUCUUCGGCUGACCUUCACUAUUCUUCUGUACACUUUGGUGAGCUUCCUAGUGCAUCGGAACAUUUCUUUGGAAAACCAGAAAUUCCGCAUUUUAGGUCAACUACCCACGGGUUUCAGCCACGCCGGCCCUCCCAAGUUGGACACCAAGCUCAUGUCAGCUCUCCUACCAGAACUCCCAGCGACGGUCAUCAUCCUGAUCAUCGAACACAUUGCCAUCGGGAAAUCGUUUGGCAGAAUAAACAAUUACGUGGUUGUUCCAUCCCAAGAACUCAUCUCGAUCGGAUGCACCAAUUUGCUCGGCCCCUUUAUCGGCGCAUAUUCCUCCACGGGCUCCUUUGGCGGCACCGCCAUCCUAUCCAAAGCCGGUGUGAGAACUCCCUUAGCUGGGAUAUUUAACGGAGUCAUUUUGUUACUUGCUUUAUAUGCUCUCACUUCUGUUCUAUACUACAUCCCUAUGGCAAGUUUAGCCGCCUUGAUCAUCCACGCAGUUUACAAUCUCAUUACCACACCGGACCACCUAUACAAAACUUGGUUGACAUCUCCGCUGGACGUUUUUAUAUACUUCGUCGGGGUAUUUGUGUCCGUCUUCACAUCGUUGGAAAACGGUAUUUACUGCACCGUCGCGUUGUCCGCCGCCGUCCUUCUUGUAAGACUUGCAAGGGCCAAGGGCCAAUUCCUUGGCCGGACCACCGUCUAUCGAUACCCUCGAUACACAACAGCAGUUCUACAUAAAGAAGAAUUAAGUGCUUUAGCUACCACUCUGCCCAGAGCAACCCCGACGAAAGCAGACAUGCCAUGCCGAGACAUCUUUCUACCCCUCAAGCGCCAUGACGCCACAAACCCCAAUAUCCAUGUUCACACGCCGCACUCGGGUAUAUUCAUCUAUCGCUUCACAGAGGGCUUCAACUACGUCAACCAAGCGCAGUACAUCGACCGCCUCUCCCAAACCAUCAUGAAUCAAACGCGACGGACCACCACGACGGAAUACGCUCAUCCAGGUGACCGUCCUUGGAACGAGCCAGCACCCAGGUGCUUGAGCAAAGAUUCAGAUAGCAAGGACACGGAGUGUAAGCUCCCCAUCCUCCGUGCUGUAAUUCUUGACUGCUCCGCCGUCAACAAUAUGGACAGCGGUGCCGUCGAAGGACUGAUCGAUUUGCGUGCCCAACUCGACCACUGGGCAGCCCCUGAGUCAGUCGAGUGGCAUUUCGCCAGCGUGACGAAUAGAUGGACUCGACGAGCGCUAGCUGUGGCGGGCUUUGGGUAUCCAAGACAAUGUCAAUUCGAAAAGACGGCGCCGUGGGAGCCGGUCUUUAGCUUGGCAGAGAUGGGUGGGUGUAAGUCUGCUGCGUCGUCGCUGGCACCUACUGGGAAUACGGGUAGGGGUGAUGAAGAUUCGGAAAAGGGGUUGGUGGCCCCGGAGACGCAGCAGCCGGGUAAUGCACUUGCUGCGCUGUAUGGGAUUGACCGGCCGAAUUUCCAUGUUGACGUAGUUGCUGCCGUGGAAGUUGCUGUGCAUGCUGUCGAUCAGUGCCGCGAAAGGUCCGGACAUGAAGAUAUGUUGACGCCCACGUCACAUUCUUCAUAA